AUGUGUUCAAAGGAAGAACAACCAGAAACCAUCGAAGCUGCCUCGGCGAUCCCCAGACAACCCGUCCAGGAGCAACCGGGCCUUCAACACGAAUUAAAGCCACAACCAUUAGUUCAUCAUUUGCCCACAGAAACCGAUAGUACGUUGCAUCCAUACAAGGCGGCAGGAAAAUUGGAAGGAAAGAUUGCAUUGAUCACAGGCGGCGAUUCGGGUAUCGGCAGAUCUGUGGCUACAUUGUUUUCAUUGGAAGGAUGCAAGGGAAUAGGAAUUGUGCACCUGGAAAAAGAAUACGAGGAUGCACAAGAGACGAAACGCAGGAUUGAAUCACAAUCUCAAACAAAAGUUGUUUUGAUUAGCAAAGACGUUGGUUUCGAAAAGAAUGCCAUCGAUAUUGUCAACGCAGUCGUCCAAGAAUUCGGUCGAAUCGAUAUACUUGUCAAUAAUUCCUCCGAACAGCACAUUGCCUCGGAUAUCGAGAAAAUCACUGCUCAGCAAUUGGAAAGGACAUUCAGAACAAACAUUUUUGGAAUGUUCUAUCUUGCCAAGCAUGCUGUUAAGCAUAUGAACAAAGGCAGCAAUAUUAUAAAUACGACAUCCGUGACUGCGUACAACGGUAGUCGACACCUUGUAGACUAUGCUUCCACAAAGGGCGCAAUCGUAGCUUUCACGCGAUCACUCGCUCUCAAUCUUGUUUCUCGUGGAAUUAGGGUCAACGCCGUUGCUCCUGGUCCUAUUUGGACGCCGCUGAUUACAGCAUCAUUUCCGGAAGAUAAGAUGGAAACCUUUGGAAAGAAAGUUCCUAUGGGACGUGCUGGUCAUCCAUCUGAAGUUGCCCCAUGCUAUGUAUUCUUGGCUAGCAAUGACUCGAGCUACAUGACUGGACAGGUCUUGCAUCCAAACGGAGGGAGUAUUAUUAAUGGAUAA